UGUGUUUGUGUUGGUUUGCCGACAAAAACAUCUGUUUUUCUUUAAGCGAAUUAUCCUACAGUAUUGCACGAAAUAGUAUUAUUUUCCGGUAAUUGGUGUCUUUUGCUCCUUCCCUCCAAGCCACAAAUAGGAGUUUCUGGUGAUUAAGUCGCGAACAGUUAAGAAAUCCUAACUAGGUUAGUUGGUUAGCAUUGUGGAAGCCAUACGCGGACGGUGAAGUUUCCUUUUCAUUUUCCUCAGCUUCCCAGUGACAUUAGAGAAUUUUCCUUUGCCGGAUAGCACGUUUGCACUGCCAGUGGCCGAAAGGAAAGUUGGAGAACGAUCUAGAACGGUGGCGAGAACUUAAUAAAAGGGCAACAAGCACCGCGAUUGCAAGUGAUUCAUACGGAAGAAAGUGAUCGAGCAAGAAGGUGAACAUUUGGAAGAACAUUGCUAUAAAGUGAAGCAAGAAUAAACGCCGAAUAUGGUUGCAACGGAGGAAAAAGUUACGAUGGACGUGGAUGAGGCAACCGCCUUCAAGGAACGUGGAAAUGCAGAAUUCAAGGAUGAUUGCUGGGAAGCAGCCAUCAAGUGGUACACGAAAGCGAUCCACGCCGGUGAGAAGCAUAAAGAUUUGCCGGUGUUCUACAAAAACCGUGCCGCGGCCUACCUAAAGCUGGAGCAGUACGAAAACGCCCAGAAGGAUUGCACCGAGUCGCUGGACCUGUGUCCGAACGAUCCGAAAGCACUGUUCCGUCGGUUUCAGGCGUUCGAAGCGUUGGAGCGGUUCGAGGAAGCGUACAAAGACCUGCGCACGAUCCACACGCACGAUCCGAACAACAAAACGAUCAAACCCCACCUGGAGCGGCUGCAUGCGAUCGUACAGGAGCGUGCCCGGGAACGGGCCCAGACUUCGAACAAGGUGACGAAAAUGUUCGAAAUUGCGUUCGACAUCGGAGCGCCGAAGGACAAGCGGGAACAGGCGAUGAGCAAUAUCGUGGUGCUGGCUCGGGAGCAGGCCGGCGUGGAGGUUAUGAUGAGGGAGGGUGUGGUGACGCGGGUUGGCAAGUUGCUGAAGGUGGAGAAAAACAACGACAUCAUCACGAACGCCAUUCGAGCGAUCGAUGGCGUUUGUUUGAAGAGCCCCGAACGCACGAAGCAGGUCAUUAACGAGCUCGGUAUUCCGUGGUUCUUGCAAAUCCUGGACUGUAACGUGGAGGAGCGUGUGGCAGCUUCCCAACACUGCAUGCAAACCGUGCUAAACUCGAUCUCGGGCAUGGACAACAAGGAAGACACGAAGCCAAACGAUGCGCUGGUAAAGGAAAAUCAGCAAAUCAUCGAAACACUGCUCACCUGUCUGCUGUACUCGGUGACCGAUCGUACGAUCACGGGCAUGGCUCGCGAUUCCAUCAUGGAGCUGCUGAUCCGUAACGUUCACUGGAAGACACUGAACUGGGCGGAACGGUUGGUCGAGCUGAAGGGUCUGAUGCGCCUGAUGGAGGUGUGUUCCGAGCUGGAGGAGUACAAGUACGAGAGUGCGAUGAACAUUACGCCGUCGUCGCGCACCAUCGCUACCGUGUGCUUGUCCCGCAUCUACGAGAACAUGUACUACGAUCAGGCACGAGAGCGGUUCACGGAACAGAUUGCGGAUUUUGUGAAGGAUAAGCUGCUUACGCCCGAUCACGAAUCGAAGGUGCGUGUAACUGUCGCGAUCACGUCGCUGCUACUUGGACCGCUGGACGUUGGUAACACGAUCGUGUCGCGUGAAGGUGUCCUGCAGAUGAUUCUCAUCAUGGCCCAGUCGGACAAUUUGCUGGAACAGAAAGUCGCUUGCGAAUGUUUGAUUGCCGCUGCCUCGAAGAAGGACAAAGCGAAGGGUUUGGUGCAGUCGGGAGCGGAAAUUUUGAAGCGCUUGUACUCGUCGAAGAACGAGGAAAUUCGCGUCCGUGCCCUGGUGGGUCUGUGCAAGAUCGGCAGUUCGGGCGGUUUGGAUGCUUCGAUUCGUCCGUUUGCUGAUGGAUCGACGAAAAAGCUGGCGGAAGCAUGCCGUCGGUUUUUGGUGAAGCCGGGCAAGGAUAAGGACAUUCGUAAGUUUGCCGCCGAAGGUCUCGCCUAUCUAACGCUGGACGCAGAGGUAAAGGAAAAGCUGGUGGAGGAUCGUGCCGCUAUCAAGGGAUUGAUUGAGCUAGCUAAAACGGGCGAUCAGUCCGCACUGUACGGUGUCGUUACGACGCUGGUGAAUCUGGUGAAUGCAUACGACAAGCAGGAGAUGGUGCCGGAGCUGGUAGAGUUGGCCAAGUUCGCGAAGCACCACAUCCCCGAAGAGCACGAACUGGACGAUCCGGACUUUGUGAGCGCGCGUGUGAUUGUGCUCGCCAACGAAGGUGUCACGUCCGGGUUGGUUGCUCUCUGCAAAACGGAGAGUGAUAAUUCGAAGGAAAUGAUUGCUCGCGUCUUUAAUGCGCUGUGCAGUGAGCAGGAGGCACGCGGUAAGGUGGUGCAGCAGGGAGGUGCGAAGGUGUUGCUUCCGCUGUGUCUCAACGGAACGGCUAAUGGUAAGCGGCAUGCCGCGCAGGCAUUGUCACGCAUCGGAAUCACCAUCAAUCCGGAGGUCGCUUUCCCUGGUCAGCGCAAUCUGGAAGUGAUCCGCCCAUUGAUGAACCAACUGCAUCCCGAUUAUACUUCGCUGGAAAACUUUGAAGCACUGAUGGCGCUGUGCAAUCUGGCCUCGAUGAACGAAUCCACCCGCCAGCGCAUCCUGAAGGAACAGGGCAUGGUUAAGAUCGAGUCGUACAUGGCGGAAGAUCACUUGAUGCUGCGGCGUGCCGCAACGCAGGUGAUGUGCAACAUGGUACAGUCACCCGAUGCGGUGGCACUGUGCGAAAAGCCAAACGAUCGUGUAAAGAUGCUCGCCCUGCUCUGCGAAGAAGAGGACGAAGACACUGCGCUGGCAGCAUCGGGAGCACUCGCCUAUCUAACGGCCGUUUCAGAGCGUUGCUGCGAAAAGAUGUUUGAACCGACGGCCUGGUUGAACGUGUUUCACACGCUAGUUGCAAACCCGAGCCCGGGCGUGCAGCACCGGGGCCUCGUGAUCAUACGCAACAUUAUCAAGACGAACAAGCAGCUCGCCUCGAAACUGUUCGACACGGAUCUGCUGCAGAUGAUGUACGGCGUUACGCAGCUGAACGAUGAAACGCGUGCGAAGGCGAUCGAGUGUGCGCAGGAAUGUUUGAAGCUGGCCGAAGAGUACCGGUUGAUUCAGGAAAAUGCCGACGCCGAUUUGGCACCGGACGUGUUCAAGGAGCAGUCAGCUACGAUUGAAGAAAUCGAUAAUUGAACUGGGAGUUGGGAAGGGUUCGCGAAAGGACAACAAAGUGCAUUACAACAUCUUCUUAAACUAAUUGUUAUAUCUCUUACACGGCGCAGCAUUGUGCUUGCGUUGGUUUUCCGAGCCGUUCGGGAAACGUAUACCGAAGUAAUGGACAUGCCUUCGUUACGAGGGUGAAUCGUACUUACUAGGAACUUGUAGCGUGUCGUCUGUUUUUUUAUUUUUAUUUUUAUAGUUUGGAAGUUUUGAGACCAUUUUGAUGUACUAGAUAUUUAUAAUAAAGAAUUUGUGAAUGAUUUUUCAUCUAAA